AUGUCGAACGACCAGAAGAACCUCGGGCAGUACAAGUAUGCGGCCAUGUCAAAUUUGGUCUUGCAGGCCGACAGACGCUUUACACACCGCGGGAAGGAUGAGCACACUGGCGACCCCGAGUCGCUGGCAGGUCGCAUCAACAUCAGAGACAUGGGCGGACGCACAGCGCGUGACAGCGCAAAUGCGCAGGCGGCAAAGAAGCUCAAGGGACCUGGCGUUGAGCGCGGAAAUCUGAACGAGGGUGGCGAUGUUCUCGAGAGAGAGCAGCGCAAGCGGAAACGGGACGAUGGCACCAGCGCGUUUGGAGCCACUGCGACAGCCGACUUCAAUAUCGAAGGCCUCACAUACAAGCCGCGGACUCCUGCGACGCGUCAGACUUUCGACCUUAUCACAACCCUCGUGAGCAGAUCUCUCGGCGAUGUCGAUCCUGCGACUACGCGAAGUGCGGCCGAUGCGGUCCUCGAAUAUCUCAAGGAUGACACCAUGAAGGACUUCGACAAGAAGAAGGAAGUGGACGACCUUCUUGGUACUUCCAUGGGCGGAAAGGAAUUCAACGAGCUGAUGAACCUGUCCAAGAAGAUCACCGACUACGACGCGCAAGACGACGAGGAAGGUGACGAAGAGAUGGCAGACGGCGAUGGCGCUGACACGGGCGACAACCAAGGUGUAGCCGUCGUAUUCGACGACGAAGAGGAGGAUGAAGACGGGCCUCAGACGUUCGAAGUGCGAGAUGCCGAUUCCUCGGACGAAGAAGACGAAGCAGAGGCGCCUAUAGAGCAGAUUGGCGAAGACGAAGACCAGAAGGGUGGAGGUUUCGCCGAUACCGAAGAGACGAUAAUACAGGGCGACACGGCCACCGCAGACCGCACAAACGGCGCAGACCAACUUGUACCCGCACACGAGAUCGACGCCUACUGGCUGCAACGGCAGAUUGGGCAAAUAUACGAGGAUGCGCAUAUCCAGCAGGAGAAGACACAGGAAGCGCUCAAGUAUCUCGCAGGAGUCUCGGAAGAUGGCGAAGAGAAGGAGCUCCGUGAGAUUGAGAACGACUUGAUGGAUCUCUUCGACUACGAACACCACGAGCUGGUUGCGAAACUCGUACUCAACCGCGACAGGGUCGUCUGGGUUACGAGGUGGCGAAGGGCUGCUGAAGACAACGAUGAGCGAACAGCUGUCGAGCGGGAGAUGAGGGCUGCCGGUCAGCAACGGAUUCUGCAAGAGCUGCGCGCAAGAGAGACUGGCGUCAAGGCUGAAGAUGGCGCUGACGCUGGCACUAAUAAGAUGAAGUUCAACCUCAAGGACAUCAACCUUCCAGAUGCGCCGAACGACGUGGAAAUGGCCGACGCGAAACCGGAGGGUAUCGUGGGCGGUCUACAACCAUCGAGCCGAAUGGUAAAUCUGGACAACAUCGUGUUCGAUCAGGGCAACCAUCUCAUGACGAACGCAAGCGUCAAGCUGCCUCAAGGAUCCACGCGCCGCCAAUUCAAGGGCUACGAGGAGAUCCACGUCCCUGCGCCGAAAGCGAAGCGCGACCCCAACGAGCCAGCACUCAUGCCUACCUCCGAGCUACCAGAUUGGGCGCGUCCAGGUUUCGGUAACUCGAAAUCGCUCAACCGUAUCCAAACGAAGUGCUUCCCGACAGCGUUCAACGACGACGGCAACAUGUUGAUUUGCGCACCCACUGGUUCUGGAAAGACCAAUGUAGCCAUGUUGACAAUGCUUCGCGAGAUCGGCAAGCACCGAAACCCCACGACUGGAGAGAUUGCGCUUGACAACUUCAAGAUUAUCUACAUUGCCCCGCUCAAGGCUCUUGUGGCUGAGCAAGUCGGUAACUUCGGCAAGCGUCUGGAGCCAUACGGCAUCAAGGUCUCUGAACUUACCGGUGAUCGCCAACUCACCAAGCAGCAAAUCGCGGAAACUCAGAUCAUCGUCACCACCCCUGAGAAGUACGAUGUCAUCACCCGCAAGGCUACUGAUACCAGCUACAUCAACCUCGUUCGCCUCAUCUGUAUUGAUGAGAUUCAUCUUCUUCACGACGACCGUGGUCCGGUCAUCGAGAGUAUCGUCAGCAGAACUCUGCGACGCAGCGAGCAGACUGGUGAUCAUGUGCGGAUUGUCGGAUUGAGUGCCACUCUUCCCAACUACCGCGACGUUGCGAGCUUCCUGCGUAUCGACCCAGACAAGGGUCUCUUCCACUUUGACGCUACUUUCCGACCGUGUCCGUUGAAGCAGGAGUUCAUCGGCGUUACAGACAAGAAGGCCAUCAAGCAACUCAAGACGAUGAACGACGUUUGCUAUACCAAGGUUUUGGAACAGGUUGGCGAACAUCGCAAUCAGAUGCUUAUCUUCGUGCACUCCCGAAAGGAAACCGCCAAGACUGCGAAGUACAUUCGUGACAAGGCACUCGAAGAGGAGUCAAUAGGCAAGAUUCUUAAAUCAGAUGCUGCCAGUCGGGAGAUCUUGAGAGAAGAAUCCGAGUCGGUUCAAAAUGCUGACCUCAAGGACGUCUUGCCUUAUGGUUUCGGUAUCCAUCACGCUGGUAUGUCGCGAGCGGAUCGUACUGCCGUGGAGGAUCUGUUCUCCUAUGGCUCUAUCCAAGUCCUUGUGUGCACAGCAACACUGGCUUGGGGUGUCAACUUGCCCGCGCACACCGUCAUUAUCAAGGGAACGCAGAUUUACUCCCCCGAAAAGGGUAGCUGGGUCGAACUUAGCCCUCAGGAUGUCCUGCAGAUGUUGGGUCGUGCCGGUCGACCUCAAUACGAUACUUACGGAGAGGGUAUCAUCAUCACCACACAGUCUGAGAUCCAGUACUACCUAUCCUUGCUCAACCAACAGUUGCCUAUCGAGUCGCAGCUCAUCAGCAAGCUUGCAGAUAACCUCAACGCUGAGAUUGUUCUGGGUAACGUGCGCAACAGGGACGAAGCGGUUGACUGGCUCGGCUACACGUACCUCUUCGUCCGAAUGCUUCGUUCACCCGCUCUCUACCGAGUCGGACCAGAGUACGAGAAUGAUACUGUGCUGGAGCAAAGACGUGUGGACCUUGUUCACGCCGCUGCACAUGUAUUGGAGAAAUGCAGUCUGAUCAAGUACGAUAGGAAGACCGGUAUGCUCAACCCCACAGAGCUUGGAAGAAUUGCCUCCCACUACUACAUCACCCACAACUCCAUGGCGACAUACAACAUGCACAUCCAGCCCGGUAUCAGCGCUAUCGAGCUCUUCCGUGUCUUCGCACUCAGUGAAGAGUUCAAGUACAUCCCGGUCCGUCAAGAUGAGAAGCUUGAGCUUGCGAAGCUACUAGGAAAGGUCCCGAUUCCAGUCAAGGAGAGCUUCGAGGAAGCCCAAGCCAAGAUCAACGUCUUGCUCCAAGCUUAUAUCUCCCGCCUUAAGCUGGAAGGAUUGGCGCUGAUGGCUGACUUGGUCUACGUUACGCAAUCCGCUGGACGUAUUCUUCGCGCCAUCUUUGAGAUCUGUCUCAAGAAGGGUUGGUCGCAAGUCGCUAAGCUGGCUCUUGACAUGUGCAAGAUGGCCGAGAAGCGCAUGUGGCCGACCAUGACACCUCUUCGCCAGUUCCCCACGUGUCCCCGCGACAUAGUGCAGAAGGCUGAGCGAAUCGACGUUGGCUGGUCGAGCUACUUCGGCCUCGACCCGCCAAGCAUGGGUGAGCUGUUGGGUAUGCCCAAGGCUGGCAAACUUGUCUGUGGUCUGGUAGAGAAGUUCCCGCGUCUUCAGAUCGAAGCGACCCCCAGGCCAGUUACAAGGUCACUACUCCGUCUGGAGCUGACAAUACGACCUGACUUCGUUUGGGACACAGAGCUGCACGGAGCCUCAGAGGCAUUCUGGAUCUUGAUCGAGGACUGUGAUGGCGAGCAGGUGUUGUUCCACGAUACUUUCAUCCUCCGAAGGGACUACUCCGAUGGCGACGCCAACGAACAUCUGCUGGAGAUGACUGUGCCCAUCGACGAGCCCAUGCCACCGAACUACUUCAUCACCGUUCUCUCCGACCGAUGGAUGGCAUCUGAGACCAAGCUCGCUGUCUCGUUCCAGAAGCUUAUUCUGCCAGCCAAAUUCCCUGCUCACACUCCCGUUCUGGAUCUGCAACCUCUGCCUGUUUCUGCCCUGAAGAGGAAGGAAUACAUGGGCUUGUACGAGAACAUCGGUCGCUUCAACAAGGUCCAGACACAGACUUUCAACACCUUGUAUACCACAGAUGACAAUGCUCUCAUUGGCGCAUCGGCAGGCAUUGGCAAGACCAUUUGCGCUGAGUUUGCCAUUUUGCGACACUGGGCUAUCAACAAUGAAGGCCGCAUUGUCUACCUAGCACCAUUCCAAGAGCUCGUCGACAACCAGUACAAGAACUGGAAUGAGCGGUUGACCGGUCUCAGUGGAGGAAAAGACGUCGUCAAGCUCACUGGCGAGACAACGGCAGACCUGCGAUUGCUUGAGAGGGGUGAUCUCAUUCUUGCCACUCCUUCGCAGUGGGACUCACUCUCCCGUCAAUGGCAGCGCCGGAAGAACGUCCAGUCCGUCUCUCUAUUGAUCGCCGAUGAGCUGCACAUGCUUGGUGGCACAAACGGCCAUGUCUACGAGAUUGUUGUCUCCCGUAUGCAAGCAAUGGCAACGCAACUAGAGUCGAAGCUGCGCAUCGUUGGAUUGAGCGUGUCGUUGUCAAACGCACGAGAUAUUGGCGAAUGGAUCGGUGCAACCAAACACACCAUCUACAACUUCAGCCCGGCUAUCCGAGCAGUACCGCUUGAGUUGAAGAUUCAGUCGUUCACGAUCCCCCAUUUCCCAUCCUUGAUGAUGGCUAUGGCGAGGCCGACCUACUCUGCCAUCACGCAAAUGUCUCCAGACAAGCCGGCCAUGGUUUUCGUCCCGAACAGGAAGCAAGCCAGAAACUCCGCUGCUGACCUCCUCAACGCUUGCAUAGCUGACGAAGACGAGGAUCGCUUCCUCAACGUUGAAGUAUCUGAGAUUCAACCUAUCCUUGAGAAGAUCAACGAGCAAGCGCUGGCUUCGUCGCUGUCUCAUGGUAUCGGAUACUUCCACGAGGCCCUCAACUCUUUCGACAAGAAGGCUGUUCAACAUCUCUUCAAGGUUGGCGCGAUCCAGGUGCUCAUCGUAUCGCGCGACUCUUGCUGGGAGAUUGAUAGCGGUGCUCAUCUCGUCAUUGUUCAAGGCACUCAAUUCUACGAGGGCCGCGAACAUCGAUACGUCGACUACCCCAUUAGCGAUAUCCUGCAAAUGUUCGGCAAGGCCGGCAGAGUAGGACUGGACAAGUCAGCCAAGGGUGUGCUUAUGCUGCCUGCGGUGAAGCGAGAAUACUACAAGAAGUUCCUUAACGAGGCUCUUCCAAUUGAGAGCUACCUUCCCGACUACCUUCACGACGCCUUUGUUGCCGAGAUCAGCGCGAAGACGAUUGAGUCAACACAAGAAGCUGUCGAUUGGUCAACAUACACAUACUUCUACCGCCGUUUACUCGCCAACCCCAGCUACUACAACCUCCACGACACGUCGCACGAGGGACUUAGCGCGCACUUGUCCGACAUGGUUGAGUCGACCCUGAAGGAGCUGACCGAUGCCAACCUCAUCGAGCACGAUGAAGACGAGGAUGCGAUCACACCUCUGAACCCGUGCAUGAUCGCGGCGUACUACAACAUCUCUUUCAUCACCAUGCAGACCUUGAUGAUGUCGCUCAACGGCAGGACAAGUCUCAAAGGUGUACUGGAGAUCAUCACAGCCGCCACCGAAUUCGAAGACAUUCAAAUACGGAGGCACGAGGACCACAUCCUCCAGCGCAUCUACGACCGCGUUCCCUUCAAGAUGCAGGAGCCCAACUUCGAGACGCCGCAUUUCAAGGCUUUCGUUCUUCUGCAGGCUCAUUUCUCACGCAUGCAGCUCCCCGUCGACCUGGCCAAGGACCAGGAAGUUGUCUUGCGCAAGGUGCUCAACAUCCUCAGCGCAAGUGUCGACGUUCUCUCAUCCGAGGCUCAUCUCAACGCCAUGUCCGCCAUGGAACUCUCCCAGAUGGUCGUGCAAGCAAUGUGGCAAAAGGACUCUCCUCUCAAGCAAAUUCCCCACUUCGACGCCGACACCAUCAAGGCCGCCCAAAAAUUCGGCAUCAACGACGUCGACGACUUCAUCAACGCCAUGGACGAAGACGAGAACCCAGACUACAAGAAGCUCAUCUCCGCACUCGACGUCGACCAACGCCAACUCGCCGACAUUGCAAACUUCACAAACAACUUCUACCCCAAUAUCGAAAUCGAGCACGAACUCGUCGACCCCGAAUCCAUCGCUUCCAACUCGCCCGCCCAACUCAAGGUGCGCAUCACGCGCAACAUCGAGGAAGACGAGGAGCCCAAGAUGGAAGUCCACGCACCGUUCUACCCGGCCGACAAGACGGAGAGCUGGUGGCUCGUUGUGGGAGACCAGAAGGAACACACGCUGCUUGCGAUUAAGAAGGUGCCUAUUCUGAGGAAGUUGGAGACUGUGCUUGAGUUCACGCUCGAGAAGCCGGGUAGCCAUGAGUUGACGUGCUAUCUGGUUAGCGAUAGCUAUCUGGGUGUGGAUCAGGCGCCUAGCUUCCAGGUUGAGGCUGCGGAGGGUAUGGAUGAGGAUAGUGAGGAGGAGGAGGAUGACGAGUAG